CCUUAGUAAAUUCACAGACUUUAUCUGAAACUUUUGAUAAAUUUUUGAAAAGAUUUUGGUACAGAGGAAGAGGAAUUGAAGAACAAAAAAAAAAGCUUCAAUUUUGAGAAAGAUACAAUGCCUGAAGGAAAAUUGAGAUCAGGAGUUUAUAGAUCAUUCAUAAUGUGUGAUGAUCCAAGAGAUGUUGUUGAAUGUGGAGCUAUUAAGAAACAGAGUAAGAGUCGUAGUAGUAGUACUAAACAGAGAUGUGAAGAACAUCUCUCGAAAGCGAAAGAGCGGUCCGAAAUGGCGGUGGCGCCUAGGAAGAGUAAUACCGAGGAUGUUCCUCCUUCUUCGUUGCAGCUUUUGAGAGUAUCUAAAGGGAUUCAGAAACUGAAUGUUGCGAUUGAGUCAUGGACUAAAGGGUUUAGCUUUGAGGCGGUGUCGAGGCCUGAGGAUAUAGCUAAAGAUUUGUUAAGAGGAGCACUUGAUUUGGAAGAGUCUAUAGCUAUGUUAAGUAGUAUUCAAGAAGAUGAUAGUAAGCGGAAACCGAGGAUUUGUAAAGACGGAAGAAGCGAUUUGCGGUUUCAGAGAUCGAUGUCUGAUAGAUUCGGAGAGCGGGUUGAGAAACGGAUGAUGGUUCAAGAGAAUGUAGCAUCUAAGGAUUGUUAUGAAGAGUUAAGGAAAGUGAUUAGAGAGAGUUUUCUUAGGCAGAAUCUUGUUUCACAAACUACUACUACAGGGACUAAGAAUCGAGUUGUUAGAAGCGAUUUUGCUUCCUCUUCUGGAGCUGCAUCGUCGUCAACUAGCUCGAGCCAAUCUUCUAUGGUUUCUGGCUCUACAAAGUCCUCUGCUUCUUCUGAUAUUCCACGGAGAGCUCCAAGUUUGAUUGCUAGGCUUAUGGGUUUGGAUGUAUCUUCUCAAGAACCGAGCAGAAGCACGGUGAAUCAUAUCGAUAAGCCGGAUAUUUUAAAGCUGUCAUUAGAAAGACAAGAGAAGGUGAAGAAGAAUAAUAAGGAGAGUCCUGAAAUUGUGAGAUGCAACUCUAUGAGAGAAGCUGUUUUACAAUCUUUGCCUGAAGAGAUUCCGAGCGAGAAUCCCUCGACUAUAGUACUCAUCAGACCUAUGCGUGUUGUACAACGCGAGAUGGAAGAAAAGCCAGGAAACAAACGACCGGUUGUGCCUAAGAAACCGAGAAUGCAAGGGGAGGUUCAUCCAAGAAUGAUUAACCAGAGAAAAGAUCAUCAAGCCAAGGAAAGCAACAAAAUGAAAUUACCAUUAAGUAUGACCAAGAAAGACAAAGAACCGAAAGAAAUGGUGUCGAAAGUAGAAGAGAAUGAAGGUAAGGUGAUCAAGCUAAUGUCUCCGAGCAAUGGCAAAGCUCUAACUAGAGAGCGAAAACCGUUGGAAACCAACAAAACCAACAAAAAGCUUGUUGUCAAGAAGGAGGAUAUUGCUGAAGGUAAAGACAGACAUAGACCUCAUGACCGAGCUCUUAAACCACCUAGCAGUCCUGCUACUCAAAAGAAAUCGAACAAUUCUUCAGACGUAUCAAGAAACAAGAGUCGACGUUCCAGCAGGUUGAGCUCAAGCUCUAGUAGUGGUAGCCGGGAAAAGAAGUCCGGUGAGGCUAGUAGACCAAAUGCCAAGAAGAAACUCCGUCAACAAGACAACAACCUCGGUUCAGAGAAUAAUUCAUGCUCUUCACAGGACACGCUUGGAUCACUUAACCAACUUUCUACAGAGGAAACCACUACUUCUUCAGAGUUUCACAAUCAAGGCCAUUGUGACAAUGGAGAAGUUUCAUCUCAUGCUGCCACAAUUCAGCAUUGUCAUGAGCCAGAAACAUCCCAACUCUCUCUUAAGUCAUUCCUAUCCAGCUCCUCAGAGUUCAUCACCUACGCAGAGGAUCUUUUCGACUUCAACACAAACACCGAACAAAGCCGAGAAUCAAACUUUCGAAAAAGAGAUAACAUUGUGAUCUCAGACCAAAGACUAGCACUAGACUUUGCCAAAGAAGUAGCCAAACGCAAAAGCCUUCUUCUAGCAGAACCAACGUGUCACACAAGAAGCUCUUUGCACAUUGAUGAUGUGUUAAUGGAAGUUUGUGAUGGGUUUGAGUCUCUGAGAAGUUACAAAGACACGUUUUCAGGACAGAACAGCUUCGUUAAAGAGAGCAUUCACUUGGUGUUGGAGAAGGAUUUAAAGGGUAAGAAGACAGAGAUGACAAGUGGAGUUUGGGAUUUGGGUUGGAGAAAUGAGUUUCAGAUUGAUGAAACUUAUCAAGCUGUAGUUGACUUAGAGAAACUUAUCUUGUCCAGUUUGAUCCAAGAAAUUAUCUCUUGAGUCCACCAAAACAAAUAUCUUCCACUUUGUUUUUGUAUGUAUCUCUUAGUUUAAUUUUCAUAAUUUACAUUCUUUGUAAGCAGUUAAAUAUCAAAGUAUUAAGUAAAUUUUUAGUAACGAG